ACUCGUUGAUUUACUGAUAUUUCAUACGAUUAACUUGCAGACCAUAUAUUAAGUUACUUCUUGAUUUUUGAAAUGUAUCUAAUAGAAAAAUAAUAAAAAGUAAUGUGCCCAUAUAUAGUAUUUGUAUUCACGCAUGCGGUUUUCGUAUGUGGGCUAGAAUGACGUCAUAGCCAAAAGAGGGAAAAAGAGAGACAUAUAAAGAGAGAGGAAGUAAGGAUAAUAAGUGGUAGGGGAAAUUGAUGUACACGUGUGCGCAAGUAUAUGUGCUCCCUGGUUCCCGUGGCCGUGGCAUCGUACAGUUCGUAGAGUGGUGGAGUGUGUCAGUUGCUUGGGAAGUCUGCUCUUGUCGUGCAUGUCUAUGAUUACGGGUGGUAAGAUAACGCGAGUGAUUUUACCGAAGUAAGGGUAGUGGAUUUCGAUUAAACGAAAUUAAUACGUACCACAUGCACAACUAAUUAAGAUGCUCAUCAAGGAAUUCCGUGUCACUCUACCUUUGACCGUGGAAGAAUACCAAGUUGCUCAAUUGUAUUCCGUGGCAGAAGCAAGUAAAAAUAAUACGGGUGGAGGAGAAGGUAUAGAGGUUCUAAAAAAUGAACCCUUUAAGGAUUAUCCUCUUCUCGGUGGAAAAUAUUCUGCGGGUCAAUAUACAUAUAAGAUUUAUCAUUUAGCCAGUAAAGUGCCUGCUUUUAUUCGUAUCUUACUUCCAAAGAAUUCUUUGGAAAUUCAUGAAGAAGCUUGGAAUGCAUAUCCAUAUUGCAAAACUAUUAUAACUAAUCCGGGUUAUAUGAAGGAUAACUUUAUAAUUAUGAUAGAAUCUUUUCAUAUUGGAGACUGUGGAAAUCAGCAUAAUGUUCAUGAAUUACCCUCUGAUAAGCUUAAAAUAAGAGAAGUAAUACAUAUAGAUAUUGCAAAUGAUUCUAUUGCAACUGCUGAUUAUAAAGAAGAUGAAGAUCCAACAAAGUUUAAAUCACAGAAAACAGGACGAGGUCCUCUUGUAGGCAAAGAUUGGAUGAACAAUAUUCAACCUGUGAUGACAUGUUAUAAGCUAGUUACUUGUGAAUUUAAGUGGUUUGGGUUGCAAACACGCGUUGAAAGUUUUAUUCAAAAAGCAGAGAGACGUCUGUUCACAAAUUUUCAUAGACAAGUAUUCUGCUGGAUAGAUCGUUGGUAUGGAUUGACAAUGGAGGAUAUCAGAGCUAUUGAAGAUAAUACUAAAGAAGAAUUAGACAGGCAAAGACAUCAAGGUGAAGUACGUGGAAUGCAAGCUGAUGAUUGAGGCUUCAAAUGCCUCUGUCAUAAAUGGUUUAAAUCAAUUUCCUUAUACAUGUCAUACAUAGAUACAUGCGCAUACCUAUGGAUGUAUACCCAGACAAACCCUGCCAUAGGCGAUCCUGCAGGAUCGGGACAUUUUCCAGAACUUAUAUGUCUAGAUUUAGUGUCUAUUACAAUUACUUACAAUUUUAAUUUAUUUACAUUUACAACCAUUUUAGAUAAAUGUACCUACAGUCAAAGAUUGUCAUUAGAAUAUAACUGUUAACAUGGAGAACUGAUAUAAAUCGGUCCUAUUUAAGUAAUGCAUAAACUGUGAAAAAAAGAGAAUUUGGUUUGUUUAAAACCAAUAUAGAUAAAAAACAGUAAUGAUUAAUAAUUUAGUAGUUCGAUAAUAAUAUAUAAUGAAAUUUGUCAACAAGCAAUUGAAAUUGCUUGAUACAAAGUACAUACAAGGGUAAAUGUGAUUAGAUGUGAAUUUAAUUUAUAGGCAGAUGUUUAAAAGGGAGAAAAAAGAAAUAAAAAAAGAAAAAGAAGAUAAUGAUUUAGAUCUUAUCACAGUGAAUAUGAUUUAUGUAUUUAUAUAAUUAAAUUGGGUAGAUGAGAUACUUUUGCUCUUGUAUUCUCAAGCUUACUGGCAUAUUGUGAUGAUGUUCUCCAGCAUUCCUCAAGGCCUGCACAAUGUAUUAUAAUCAGGAAAUUAAAGAAAUCUAUUUUGUUAGAAUCACAAUACGAAUUUCACUAAUAAUAUAUUUCUCAGAAUGUAUACCAAUGUUAUAAUAGAUAUGGUAGGUUACAAAAAGUGAGGCUCGUGCAUUAUGCUUUCCAUUGAAAAGCAAAGUUGUCCCACAUUCUUUAUUUAGGACCAAAUUGAUAGAUUUCUGAAACAAAUUUGAAUACAAUAAACUGACAUAAGUAAUUCAUUGUAUGGAAUUGUGGGAUGUAUAUAUUUUAUGCAAAACAAUAAGAAAUUGAAAAUAUUAAUAUGACACACAUCGAGAGGUUAUUACUCUCCGUUUCAAUAUUUAUGACAAAAAGAGAGAGAGAGGGAGGGAGGGAGAGAGAGAGAGAGAGAGCGAGAUUGAGAGAGAGAGAGAGAGAGAGAGAGAGAGGAAAGGAAAAAAAUUCUCUAUUGUAUAUAAGCAAAACAAAUAAUAAGCAAAACAAAUAAUGAAAUUCAAAUUAAAAUGUUUCUUUUGCAUUCCAAUGGAUCUCUAUAAAAUUAUAUAAAUUUCUUCAAAACAAGUUCUAUAUGCGCACUCUGAGAAUAGUUUGUGCAUAGUGAAAGUAUUGAUGAAAACUGCAGCAAUUAAGUAAGGAAAAUAGUAUGAGGUGUCAUUUGCACAAACUAAAUAUACAGUUUCAAACUUAGGCUAAUGUGUAAGAUAGACUUUGAAAUUUGAGUUUAUUUACAAUAAUAGUUUAAAGAAGGAACAGUAUGUGUGUGCAUAUACAUAUAUAUACAUAUAUAUAUAUAUAUAUAUAUAUAUAUAUAUAUAUAUAUAUAUAUGUAUAUAUAUAUAUAUCUAUAUCUACAUCUAUAAUAAAAAUCGGUAUACAUAAAAUUGUUAUAAAUAUUAUAUGCGCUAAUAGUUGAAUAAACAAAUAAUUAAUUUACCUUUCGCUAUAAUAUUGAUUGCCAAGAAAUGAGGUUUAUGCUGCUCUGUUGAAACUUUCACUGUAUGUUUCAAACCUAUAGUUUCUCUAUUGAAUUCCACUAAUAUAAUAGAUUAUUUUUGUGGAAUUGAACUAUACUGUGCGUAAUAUGUACUACCUGUAUUAUAACAUCCAUUACUUAAUAUGUAGGUAAGCAUUAGCUGUUCCUUACGGCAAGCAGAAUAGAAAUCGUUAAUAGAAAUUUCUAUAAUGUUGCCAAGAGUUAACCAGUAAAAUACCAGUAUAUAUGUGUAAAUGUAUGCUGUGCAUUAGCACAAAUACAUAUAUGCAUGUAUAUUUGUGUCAAAUAUUUACAUAGUCAAAAGCGAAUAAAAGUAGAAGGCAUGGUAUGUGGAACAUGUAUUGUUUCUUUUCUUAUAUAUCAAAGUAUGCCAUAUAAAAAAUAUAUAAAAAUAUAUAGCUUGUGCGUACAAAUUACAAUUUAACUGAAAUUAUAUUCUUUUAUAAGAUUUCCAGCUAUAACCAAUUUUUGUAUUUCUGAGGUUCCUUCAUAUAUUUCUGUAAUGCGCGCGUCUCUAUAAUAUCGUUCUGCUGGCAUAUCAGUGACAUAACCCAUACCACCCAAUAUUUGUAUACACUGAUGUGCACAGAAAGUAGCAGCUUCAGAUGCCGAUAGUUUUGCCAUAGCAGCUUCCUGUAUAUAAUAAUAUCUUUCUAUUUUAUAGUUUCUUUUUUUUAUAUAACUCUAAUAUAGCUUUAUCAUUUAUGGAAAGAAAUGAUAUAUACCUUCGUAUAUGAUUUACCAAUAUCUUUAAGGUGUGCAGCUCUCCAUGUUAAUAAUCUGGAGCUUUCCAAUUUUAAAGCCAUAUCUGCCAAUUUUUGUUGAAUGGUUUGUAAUUUUGCAAUGGGACUUCCAAAUGCUUCUCUCUUUGCUGCAUAUUCCACAGCACAAUCGAGAGAUGCUUGGGCUAUUCCAAGGGCUUGGCAGGCAAUACCUAUUCUUCCAGAAUCUGAAAAGUAUAUGUAAAUUCAUGAGAACAUUUAACGUUGGAUAAACUAAAAUGUGGAUAUACAGACCUAAUGUCAUCAUUGCAAUUUUAAAACCCAUUCCUGGUUCUCCUAAAAUAUUUUCUUCUGGUAUCUUGCAAUCUUCAAAUAUCAAAGAACAAGUACUGCUACCUCUUAUACCCAACUUAUUUUCUUUUUUACCUAGGGAUAAACCACUUAUGGGUUUAUCCACUAUAAAACUACUUAUUCCUUUGUGUUUCUUUGAUUUAUCUGUGGUAGCAAAUAAAAUAAUAGCUUCUGCUUCAUA